CUUCGUGAAAGGAUCUACCUUACCGACUUGACAAGUUGACAUCUUACCAAAGAUUAACCUAACAUUUCUUGUUUACCGCUUCGGUUGUCCAUUUUCCACUCAUUGAAUUUAUUUUUUAACUAAGUAAGCUAACACAUCUUAUAAAAAUGGCUACUGCGAUGCCAAUAAACCCAAAACCAUUCCUAAACAGUCUUACAGGCAAGGCUGUGAUGGUAAAACUAAAGUGGGGCCAUGAGUAUAAAGGCUACCUUGUAUCCGUAGACGGUUAUAUGAAUCUACAAUUGGCGAAUACAGAAGAAUUUAUCGAUGGUAGCUGUACAGGAAACUUGGGUGAAGUGCUGAUCAGAUGCAACAAUGUUCUCUUCAUCCGCGGUGCCGAGGAAGAUGACGAGGAAGGGGAAACUAGAGACUAACAGUGAAUUAAUGAUUUCUGAGAUUUGUUUGUUAAUUUUAAGUCAGUAAUUUAGGUGGUAUGGACAAAGUGUGACGAGUGUACUUCUCAAGUAAAUGAUUGUAUAUGAUGCUUUGCUGUCUCUUCCCGUAUCUAUGAUGCCUUCUAUCCAGCCUCAUGAUUAUUUUGCUAAAUAUCUUUCAGUUCACAAAAAUUUCAAAUUAUUUUCAAUGAGCUUAUGUAGGAAAAUGUUGAUUUUGUAUUAUUUGGAUGGUCAGUUAUACCAAUAAAACUCGAGCAAUUGUACUUGGUUAAAUAUUGAUGGUAUGCCUCUUAAA